UCGAAUUCGCCAUCUGCUGGCAGAAAUCAACUAUGAUAGUGUUCGUUAUUCAAAUGGUUAACGUUUCUACGCGGCUGUAAAUAUUUGGCAUCUCUGCUAGAUCGAAAUAAUUUUGAUUGUUUUAGCUAUAUAUAAUAAAUGAUGGAACCUAUGACUUUGGGAUCACCGGUUGGAAGUCCUGUACAAACGCCCGGAAGCCCUCCAGCCUCCGGGUACCUUCCGAAUUUUCUUCUAGGAGACACUACAAUGCCAGCCAAGGUCAACCUAACAAUCCCCCAGGACACUCCGAAACAGCUCCUAAUAGGGCACACCAGUCUUACGUCUCCACUGUAUGGCACCCCAGACUAUCGGUCUAACAGACAGAAAGCAGUAUUUGGUGGGGCAAACACACCAAACACGUCCCAAAUAGUGACAGAAAACCAUACCGGGGGGCCACCAACCAGAGGAUUGUUUGAUUCUUUGGAUACAUCUCAGGCAGCAUCACCGUAUAUGUUAGCAUCGAAUCAAAGCAUAGCUCACAAUCAAUCUAAACACCUGAUGAACUCAAUGAACAAUUCCAUCUUCAACGAAACUCCAAUAAACCCAAAUACAACCGAGUCUCAAGGUCUUCUACAAUGGGUGACAGUCUUUGGGUUUGCACCCAGUGAUUUAAACACUGUGUUAGCGCAUAUUUCGACCCGAGUUCGCAUAGUGGACAAGCAUCCUGCUCCCCAUGCACAGAGCAAUUGGAUACACCUAAAAUCCGCUUCGGAGCAAGAAGCUCAGAGAGCCCUAGCUUGUAAUGGAAACAUCGUUUCUGGAUCGAUAAUGAUCGGUGUGAUACCUUGCACAGACGAGGGUGUCAUAAUGGGUGCUGAUAAAGAAAAUCGGACGAAAAUGAACGGCAGCAUAAAAUGCUACUCCAAUUUCGGAAGGGUCAACCAAUCCCCGGAAUACAACACUCCCUGUACACCAAUUAAACUGCAAAACGCAAGACCCCUAGCUGCUGGUUAUUACCAACACCUCAGUCCACAGUCCGUGAAGGCGACUGAAAGUGUUCCCCAAAAGUCCACUGGUCUAGUUUCGAAAGCUAUGGAGUAUAUGUUCGGGUGGUAAUUCGCAAUAAAAUAAGACGAUUUUUUAUUGUUCUUUAACGACUAAUGUUAUUUAAUUAUAAUUUGCUUAACUUCAUAAAAGACAGUUAUGACUAACUCGAGAGAAGAAUGUUCCGCGGACCCUAAAAGAAUUGUUACUGUAUUUUUACUACAUAAAUAGUACGAAAUAUAAAUCUUUACAAACAUCG